UGUUGUUUUUAGACGUUGACUGUAGUUAUGAGGAUGUGACUCGUCCUGGGAUCAAACUCAGACACUGGGACUGACGAGGGACAACCAGCGACUUCUUCUCUCCACACGUCUCCUGUUCACACGAAGGUGGAACGUGUCUGUGAGUGGAGCUCAGGAUGAAGAAGCAGAGACCAGACGCUCCUGAACCCAGCGGUGUGUCCAUGAAGAGUGACCGGUCUAUACGGCAGCCUCUUAACUUUAAAGAUGGACGACCUGCUGAUGGAAGAGAUGGACAGCAGAGCUCAGAGGUCCACAGUGAUCAGUCAGCCCAGCAGCAUCAACCGGACCUGGACUCCAUAUUUAUGCUGCUGGAGGACAACAUUAUCAAUUUUGUGAAGGAAGAACUGAAGAGAGUCCAGAGGGUCCUGAGACCAGAUUACCCAGAAUGCUUAGAGAGUCAGAGGGAGGAUGAGGAGGUGUUGGAUGGUGAGGAUGAAGAGCAGAGGAAGAGCAGUAGAGAGGCGUUUCUGAAGAUCACACAGAACUUCCUGAGGACGAUGAAGCAGGAGGAGCUGGUUGACUAUCUGCAGAGAAUCCAUUCAGAAAGUCCAGCUGCAGUUUGUCAAUGGAAACUCAAGUCCAGCCUGAAGGAGAAGUUCCAGUGUGUGUUUGAGGGAUUCGCUAAAGCAGGAAACCCGAUGCUCCUGAAUCAGAUCUACACAGAUCUCUACAUCACAGAGGGAGGGACUGGAGAGGUCAACGAUGAACAUGAGGUCAGACAGAUUGAAACAGCUUCCUGGAAACAAGACAGACCAGAAACAACCAUCAGACAAGAAGACAUCUUUAAAGCCUCACCUGGAAGAGACCAACCAAUCACAAGAGUGAUGACAAAGGGAGUGGCUGGCAUCGGGAAAACAGUCUUAACACAGAAGUUCACUCUGGACUGGGCUGAAGACAAAACUAACCAGGACGUCCAGUUAAUGUUCCCAUUCACUUUCAGAGAGCUGAAUGUGCUGAAAGAGAAAAAGUUCAGCUUGGUGGAACUCGUCCAUCUCUUCUUUCCUGAGACCAAAGAAGCAGGAAUCUGCAGGUUUCACAAGUUCCAGGUCGUGUUCAUCUUUGACGGUCUGGACGAGUGUCGACCUCCUCUGGACUUCAACAGCACUGAGAUCCUGACUGAUGCUACAGCCUCCACCUCAGUGGACGUGCUGCUGACAAACCUCAUCAGGGGGAAACUGCUGCCGUCUGCUCGCCUCUGGAUAACCACACGACCUGCAGCAGCCAAUCAGAUCCCUCCUGAGUGUGUUGACCUGGUGACAGAGGUCAGAGGCUUUACUGAUCCACAGAAGAAGGACUACUUCAGGAAGAGGUUCAGAGAUGAUGAGGAGAAGGCCGACAGGAUCAUCUCCCACAUCCAGACUUCACGAAGCCUCCACAUCAUGUGCCACAUCCCAGUCUUCUGCUGGAUCACUGCUACAGUUCUGGAAAACAUGUUGAAGACCAGAGAGGGAGGAGAGCUGCCCAAGACCCUGACUGAGAUGUACAUCCACUUCCUGGUGGUUCAGGCCAAACAGAAGAACGUCAAGUAUCAUGGAGGGUCUGAGACAGAUCCACACUGGAGUCCAGAGACCAGACACAUGAUCGAGUCUCUGGGAAAACUGGCUUUUGAGCAGCUGCAGAAAGGAAACCUGAUCUUUUAUGAAUCAGACCUGACAGAGUGUGACAUCGAUAUCAGAGCAGCCUCAGUGUACUCAGGAGUGUUCACACAGAUCUUUAAAGAGGAGCGUGGCCUGUACCAGGACAAGGUGUUCUGCUUCGUCCACCUGAGUGUUCAGGAGUUUCUGGCUGCUCUUCAUGUCCAUCAGACCUUCAUUGAGUCUGGACUCAAUCUGAUGUCAGAAGAAUCAUCAAACAAACUGACACGUCUCCAUCAGAGUGCUGUGGAUGAGGCCUUACAGAGUCCAAAUGGACACCUUGACUUGUUUCUCCGCUUCCUCCUGGGUCUUUCCCUGCAGACCAAUCAGACUCUCCUCCGAGGCCUGUUGACACACACAGGAAGUAGCUCACAGACCAAUCAGGAAACAGUUCAGUACAUCAAGAAGAAGCUCAAUGAGGAUCUGUCUCCAGAGAGAAGCAUCAACCUGUUCCACUGUCUGAAUGAACUGAACGAUCGUUCUCUAGAGGAGGAGAUCCAACAGUUCCUGAGAUCAGGACGUCUGUCCACACAGAAACUGUCUCCUGCUCAAUGGUCGGCUCUGGUCUUCAUCUUACUCUCAUCAGGAGAAGAUCUGGACAUCUUUGACCUGAAGAAAUACUCUUCUUCAGAGGAGGCUCUUCUGAGGCUGCUGCCGGUGGUCAAAGCCUCCAACAGAGCUCUGCUGAGUGGUUGUAACCUGACAGAGAGAAGCUGUGAAGCUCUGUCCUCAGUCCUCAGCUCCCAGUCGUCCAGUCUGAGAGACCUGGACCUGAGUAACAACAACCUGCAGGAUUCAGGAGUGAAGCUGCUGUCCGCUGGACUGAAGAGUCCAAACUGUCAACUGGAAACUCUCAGUCUGUCAGGUUGUCUGGUCACAGAGGAAGGUUGUGCUUCUCUGGCCUCAGCUCUGAGCUCCAACCCCUCCCAUCUGAGAGAGCUGGACCUGAGCUACAAUCAUCUAGGAGCCUCCGGAGAGAAGCUACUGUCUGCUGGGCUGGAGGCUCCUCACUGGAGACUGGACACUCUCAGGAUGGAUCAUGGUGGAGAGCAGUGGUCGAAAGCAGGUCUCAGGAAGUAUUCAUGUGAACUGGAACUGGACACAAACACAAUGAACAACAACCUCAAACUGUCUGACGACAACAGGACGGUGAAGAUAGGGAGACCGAAUCAGUCGUAUCCUGAUCAUCCAGACAGAUUUGACUUCUGGUCUCAGCUGAUGUGUAUAGAUGAUGUGACUGGUCGUUGUUACUGGGAGGUCGAGUGGAGUGGAAAAGUUUAUAUAUCAGUGAGUAACAGAGGAAUCAGGAGGAAAGGAAACAGUGAAGACUGUUGGUUUGGAAGAAAUGAUCAGUCCUGGAGUCUGAGAUGCUCUGAUCAUGAUGGUUACUCUGUCUGUCACAAUAACAGACAAACAUCCAUCAGCUCGUCCUCCAGGUCUCAGAGAGUAGGAGUGUAUGUGGACUGUCCUGCUGGGACUCUGUCCUUCUACAGUGUCUCCUCCGACUCACUGAUCCACCUCCACACCUUCACAACCACAUUCACUCAACCUCUGUGUCCUGGGUUCAGGAUAGGGUCCUGGUCUGGUUCCUCAGUGUCUCUGUGUUCUCUGUAGGAGGUGGAGUCUGGUUCCUCAGUGUCUCUUGUUGUGUUCACACUGUGUCGACUCUGACACUUACUUCUCUCACAUGAUUGGACCAGUGUCCAGCAGCUUCUGAUGUUGAUCCAUGUCGUUUAGUUCACUCAAAGGUUUCGGAGUCAAUGUUCAGGUCAAAUCUAUUGUAGUGUGAAAAAUACUUCUGUGUUUGAGACGUUUAUCAGCCCCUGAGUAAAGACCUGUUAUGAUCCUCUAAUAACAGACAUUAUAAUAAACUUAUGUAUGUGAUAUUGGGUCGAGGUGAUUCUUCAUAAAGAGUCCUGUCAGCAUCAAUCACAGAUACACAGCAGAUGAUCUUAUUUAACCAGGUUUUACACAUUGAGACCACAAACAGAAGAAACACGUCAUCAAUUCAAAAUCAUGUGUGUAAACCAUUUGUGUAUUUUCUUAUGAUCAAUAAUCUUACAUUUUAAACAAAAAUACAGUUUGACACAAAGAAACAACAGCUGACAUCAAGAAGUUUAUGAUUAAUUCAGUAAAACCACAAGAUUUAUAUGUGACAUGACUGUUUUGCUUUUACUGUUGUUGAUGUUUAAUAUUAAUAAAAGAUGAUGAUGUCUUCAAA